UAAACCGGCUCGUUCGCGACCGACACAUCAUUACUGGAAAGUCCUCCUGAUAUUUAACAGCAAGCUAACCAGCUAAAGCACGCAGCUACCGAUAACGUUAGCGAAGUUGUUUCCAACUUGAAAUAACUUUUAAUAGUAAAUCUGUUCUGUACGUUUCAUUAUGGAGAUCUCUCAGAAGUUCCGCUCUUUCUACAACUUAUUCUGGUUGGUUUUCGUGGUAUAACUGGCUGGGAAGCUAACGCUAGCUAACUUAGCAUUGGUUGGACUCCCACAACAACAAGAGAAAAGCCUCUUCUGAGCCUCGUUGGACGGCAGGAGUUUGUCACUUCACUCGCUGGUUUCUUUUGACAGCAACACCCUCCCAAAAUGUCCAUCCUAGGAUUAAAGAAGAAACAGCCAAAGACCUUCAAAGUCAAAGUUGUCACCAUGGAUGCAGAGAUGGAGUUCAGCUGUGAGGUGAAGUGGAAAGGUAAAGACCUGUUUGACCUGGUGUGUCGUACCGUUGGUUUGAGGGAGACCUGGUUCUUUGGACUCCGGUACACCGUAAAGGACACGUACGCCUGGCUGAAACCAGAGAAACGGGUCUUGGACCAGGAGGUUCCCAAGGACUCUCCCAUAACAUUUCAUUUCCUGGCUAAAUUCUUCCCAGAAAAAGUAGAAGAAGAGCUGGUCCAAGACAUAACUCAGCACCUCUUCUUCUUACAGGUGAAAAAACAGAUAUUGGAUGAAGAAAUAUUCUGUUCCCCUGAAGCGUCCGUUCUGUUGGCAUCAUAUGCUGUCCAGGCCAAGUAUGGGGACUAUGACCCAAACUUUCACAAGCCGGGCUUCCUGGCACAAGAUGAGCUUUUGCCAAAAAGAGUUUUGAUGCAAUAUCAAAUGACAGCUGACAUGUGGGAGGAGAAGAUCACAGCUUGGUACGCAGAGCACAGAGGCAUCGCCAGAGACGAGGCUGAGAUGGAAUACUUAAAAAUUGCUCAGGACCUUGAGAUGUACGGCGUCAGCUACUUUGCCAUUACACAAAAUAAGAGGGACACAGACCUGUUACUCGGAGUGGAUGCUCAGGGUCUUCACAUCUACAGCCCCAACAGCAAACUCAACCCGAACAAAUCCUUUCCUUGGAGCGGCAUCCGCAACAUCUCUUACAGCGAAAAGGAGGUAAAUUUCACAAUCAAACCCCUGGAUAAGAAGAAAGAUGUUUUCAAGUUCUACUCAUCUCAACUGCGCGUCAACAAGCUGAUCCUGCAGUUGUGCAUCGGUAACCACGAUCUCUUCAUGAGGAGGAGGAAGGUGGACUCCAUUGAAGUGCAGCAGAUGAAGGCUCAGGCGAAAGAGGAGAAGGCCCGCAAGAAGAUGGAACGUCAGAUCCUGGCACGGGAAAAACAGAUGAGGGAGGAAGCGGAACGGGCAAAAGAAGAGAUGGAACGAAGACUUUUCCAGCUGCAGGACGAGGCACGACUGGCCAACGAGGCACUGCUACGAUCUGAGGAGACGGCGGACCUGCUUGCAGAGAAGGCCCAGAUUGCUGAGGAGGAGGCCAAGCUGUUGGCCCACAAGGCCGCAGAAUCUGAGCAGGACAGGCAGAGGUUAGAGGUCACCGCCAUGAAGACCAAGGAGGAGAAAAGGCUGAUGGAGCAGAAGAUGAGGGAGGCGGAGCAGCUGGCUGUCAAACUGGUUGAGCAGUCGGAGAGGAGGUUGAAGGAGGCAGAUCACCUGAAACAGGACCUGACCGAGGCAAAAGACGCUGAGCGGAGAGCCAAACAGAAGCUGCUGGAGAUCACCAAAACAACAUACCCUCUCAUAGCAGCCUACUCUGCUCCCCCUGCUCCCCCCGCUCCUCCUGAAGCAGCCGACUUCGCCUACGAAUCGGCAUCCACGCGCCUCGACUUCAAGGACUCCGACAUGAAAAGGCUGUCUAUGGAGAUCGAGAGAGAGAGGCUGGAGUACAUGGAGAAGAGUAAACACCUGCAGGACCAGCUGAAGGAACUGAAGACGGAGAUCGAGUCUCUGAAGCUGGAGGAGCAGCAGCAACAGGCUGGCGUCUACAGCCUCCGCAAUGAGGCGAGGGGAUACGUCCAAGAGCCCGUCUACAUACCUCACAGCAACCGAAACUCUGCGUACAUGAAUCAGAUGGCCUUCUUUGAAGAAGUGUGAUCCAAGUCCUGCAAGAUGAGGAAGGAGGGCACCAGCUGUUGUGACUCCAGCGCUUUCUCAAAAUGUAUUAAUCCUUUACCUGGCUGAAACUAACAGACCAGACACUCACAUACAACAACCCACUGUGUGCUUUGGAAAGACUUUCAAUCCAUCCUCAACAACAAGCAGCCACUAGUUUGGCUGCCUGCACAGGUUGUCAUGUUAGGUUGAACCACCUGCUACACCACAGCGCCUUCCACAUUUCUUUUUAUAUAUAUAAUGAACACAUUAAUGUGUGUAUCUAACACUGAUUCAGGACAUGGUGCUGAAGAUGGAUGUAUGAACGAGUUGCGGAUGUUUUUUUUUUUUUGUGGUUUUAAGGGAUACUUAGUUGUAAGAUGGUCAGAUAUAAUAUCAUAACUUAAAGUUACACAUUAAUGCCUUAACAUUUUGGGAUAGGGAUUAAGGUUAACAUUUGACACAAAUCGGCUUUAGGCAAAGUUUCUGCAUCGGAUGUAAUUAGGUAAGUGAUCUUUUCAGGCUGAGGGAAAUUCUGAAAAGUUCUAAAUAUCCUUAAGACUCUGUAAAUAUGGUCAUAUUCUUUCAAACCAGCAAAGUGUUUCUCAAACUUGGCUUUUGAAAAUAGUACAAAGAAACCCAAAUGCCCAAAUUUCAGAUUAAACAUUCACAAAGCUAUUGUUUAAUGCAGCUUUGAACACUAAAAAUACACUAAGACAACUCUUGAUCAAUGACGUGUAAUGUGAAAAUCAACAUGGUUUAUCUUGCGCACGAGUCAUUUCUAAAAGUAGUGAUUGCAACUCACAGAAAAGUCCAAGUCUGACACGCAGACGUGUGCAGGGACAGUGACACUCCAUACAAAUUGUUAAAUGCUGUGUUUGAUCUUUGUUUCGGUCUUUCACUUGUGUUUGUUUGCGGUUUCUGUUUCUUGGUUCAUGAACUGCCUUUACUGAUAGUGCCUUUUAUUGUUUUAAUAGAAAUGUAGUAUACAGUUACAAGCUUGAGCUCUGCCAUUUCAAGUUUUUAUAUUUUGUACUCUAGACUGUUGAUGUGCCUUGAACUUUAUUUUUUACGGUCAUGAUUUGAGUUACUACGGUUUUAUUUGCUUUCACUGUGCUCAUGUGUCUUAGCAUUAGGUUUACUUUAAGUUUGGGGUUGAUGUCGUACCCUGACUGAUUUACCGUAUAGCAGAUUCAUGUCUUUCCCUGUUUUCCUUUUUUUCCCCCCCUCAGCUUAUGUACUUCUCAGGGUUACUGUUGGAGACAAUCACUGCAGGAAUCUAAUUGUUUUUUUCCCCUGAGAUAAACAGUACAAUAUCCAUUAAUGUUUACCUUCUUGAACAGGCUAUUUUUCUUUUAACUUGGUUAAGUCCGAUAGUAGUUCACAUGGUAAAGAUUUUUGACAGCACUGCAUUUCACAAAUAUAGAGGUGGGUAACCUGAGUGAACUUUUAUUCUACUACACUCCUCAUUACAUCCUCAAAAAGGGAGAGGCAGGAUGCCAAAUGUACUGCCAGAGAUUCUGCAUAUUUUUUUAUUUGGACCGGCCUGUUAGACUGACUUCAUUUAUGGACUGAACGGUAACAAAUUAUUGGUUCAUUGUUGCCCUCAUGAUUGGGUUACAAAUGAGUAUGGCUAACAUUGAUCUUGUGUAAAUGAUAUUAUGUCAAAUUUCCCAAGUGGAAGUGUUUUGUUUUUUUCCAUCAACACAUUGCUUAAAGUGCUUCAAUUUGCAUCUUUGACUUUAUUUAUUUGUGCUAUAAAUCCUUAAAUAACAUCA